AUGAGUGCCAAGCCUCUGGCAUCAAGUUCGUCAGCUGUGACGCCUUCUAUUCAAGGUGGUCCUUUUGGAUCCAAGACUUUGUCGUCAUGUGAGCAUUGUGGGAGAUGUCAUUUUGGUGAAUGUAAGAAGAAGUUGGGUACCUGUUUUAGAUGUGGUUAUGGUGACUAUUUCUUAAGGGAUUAUCCAGAGCCAGCUCCUAUAGUUCAGACACCAGCUCGUACUCCCGCACGUACUCAGAUUUCCUACUCUACAUUGUUUGAUAAUGGUUCUACCCAUUUCUAUGUGUCGUAUUCCAUUUUUGAGGGAUUUAAUAUCCCUGUUGAGAAUACUGAGAAUUCAGUGAUAGUUCAAAGCAUCCAUGGGAAAAUCUUUCUGGCCGACCUGAUGGAGUUACCUUUGGAAGAGUUUGACUUGAUUCUUGGCAUGUAUUGGUUGAACAAGCAUCGAGUUAAUCUCGAUUGUGAAACCAAAAGAGAUUUUUUGAAGACUCCGGAUAACCAAAGGAUUGUGAUGAUCGAGGAAUAUUGUGGAUUCCUGACGAUUGUUGUGUCGGCAUUUCUAGCUGAAAGGAUUAUCAGGAAGGGUUUUGAGGCGUCUCUUGCUUAUAUUCUGUAUACUAGGAGUUCUCGAUCUGACAUUGAAGGCAUCCAGAUUGUUAAGGAAUUUCUUGAUGUUUUCCCUGAAGAGUUGUCUGGAUUACCAUCGAAUAGAGAAGUUGAGUUUGAGAUUGAAGUUUAUUCUGGUUCUACCCCGGUUUCGAUGGCUUCUUAUCGUAUGGGCCCAAAUAAGCUUAAGAAACUGAAAUUCCAACUCCAAGUGUUACUGGAUAGAGGAUUUAUUCGACCUAGUGCUUCACCGUAG